CUCUUGGAAGUGACUAUUUGACUACUUGGAGCUGCAGAUUUUUUCACUGCAGAUUUCAAUGUAAAGAUCCUUUGAUUAAAGUGUGACCAAUGCUUGGAAGAAUGUGAGUUCGAAAUGCAACUGCAAAUUGCAAAUUCAUUUUACAGUGAGCCAUAACCUUAAGUGGGAUGGUAUAUUCAAGAAAGUAAAUUACUAGUGCCACGAACACCAAAUUAGUUAUCUUAUUUGUAUUAGAAUGUCCCAGUUGGCCAGUUCUUUAUAAUCAUUGAAAGCAUGACCUGUGAUAUGCAAUGGACAGCAAGAUCUUAACUCUUAAUUUUGGUAUCGGCGAACCGAGCAAUAGCUUGGUUGGUAGAGCCUCCAAUUGAGAGGCUGCCCACCCAGGCUCGAACCUGGGUGCUCGCAGGUCGUGUGAGUACCUGUGUAAAAGGUUCUCUCUCUUAAGACAAAGCCAGGGGGACGUCUUCUCCCCGUGGCUGAUGUAGUUGCAAGCUUUAUGCUCCAAAAGACAGUUUCUGAGUUGAGUGAACGUAUAUCUAAGCUUGAAUUCGAUAUAUACGAGGAAGUCGGCAUUCCUAACUCUACUGUGGCUGUAACUUUUUCACAACCGUUAAGUGCAUCAAACUGGACAAAUGUGAUCUUCAGCAUUGUGCCUUAUCCAAAAUACUCAACUAUAUCAUCAACAUGGUUGAGCAUUCUUAGGGCUUCUUUUAUGUCCUUGGUUGUAGAGCAGUCAACACUCCACCUGACCGAGUCACUGUUUGGGACCUCAUCAAAUUUUGAGGUGCUUAAGUUCCCUGGAGGAAUUACCAUUAUCCCUCCACAGGCUGCUUUUCUUCUACAGAAACCUUAUGCAUCUUUCAACUUCACUCUGAAUUUCCCAAUCGACAAAGUACAAGAGAAAACAAAUGAGUUGAAAGACCAAAUGAAGACAGGACUACAUCUCAAUCCCUAUGAGAACCUCUACAUCAAAUUGACGAAUUCGCAAGGUUCAACAAUUGCUCCUCCAACAAUUGUUCAGGCCGCCAUUGUUCUUGAAGUCGGGAAUCACCAGCCAUCCCUUCCAAGGAUGAAGCAAUUGGCCCAAACAAUUGCUAAUUCAUCCUCAGGAAACUUAGGGCUGAAUCACACUGUAUUUGGCAGAGUAAAGCAAAUAAGCCUUUCGUCUUAUCUUAGUCAUUCUUUGCACGGUGGGGGUGGUACUGAUGCACCAGGUCCAGCACCUAUGCCCCAUCAAGAUCAUCAUCACUACCGUCACCAUUAUCACCACCACAGCCACCACCAUCACCACCACAGUCACAACAAAAAGAGGCAUUUUGCUCCAUCUCCUGCUCCUGUACAUUGCCCUGUCCGACAGCCCAAAUAUAGAUCUCCAUCCCCAUUUUGUUGUCAAUAUGGAUACGCCAACAUGCCAAAGAAUAAAGCUCCUGUAGCCCCAGCGGCUGAGCCAGUAGCUAGUAGUAACCAUCAUUAUGCUUCACCUGUCACCACGCCUCGUGCAGUUCCACCAUCAUCUAUUAGUCCACCACCACCCAUUCGUCGUCACUCUCCAAAUAAUCCCAAUAAACACUAUAGGUCCCCUGCUCCAACUCCAGCACUUCCAAGGCCCCCUUUGCAUGCAGUACCUCUCCCUCAUACACAUCAUCCUGCUCAAAUGCUAGCUGUGGCCCCUGCUCCUCACUCAUCAUGUGCCAGCCGAAGGCAUCCUUGCCAAUGGGCCCUGCCGCUCCUGAUGUGUAUGCUAAUGGGUCUGCCACGAAUGGAGGAUCGAAUCUGAAAGUAGUCCAGAACAACGCUGUUUUAAGACGGUCAUAGGCGCAGAAUAACGCACCCAAGCUGGAGGUGAUGUUGUAUACUUAGGAUGUGUGAAUAUGGCUGGAGGGUAUAAGGCAAACGGGCAUCUGUGUAUAUGUAGUGGUCAAAGCCAGAUGCGGCAGGCCCUUGUGUUGCACAUGUUUUGCCCUGUGUUUGCCGUGUAACGGUGCUCAAAACACAAGAUGGAAUCCAGUAUAGACGCUUAUACUGUUUUA